AUGGCGGCUUUUGGUGCAGCCACUUCUCUCAAGAAUACGAUUCAGCGUAUUCUACAAUCGUCUCGCAUUUCUCUCGUUUCCCACUCUCCACAAAUCUUACUACCCGCCUACGACAAGAUGGAUCACUUGCAGAACGUUCUGCUAAAAUUGGACGACACCAGCUGCAGCAAGAUCAGGACGAAGGUGAAUGCUGUGGAUGAACUUAUAAAAGAGGUAGUUUGGGAAUUUGAAGAUUUACUCGAAUCUCAUGUCUUACCUCAGAUUCUUCCACAGCUCGAAAGCGAGAGAGACAAUUUGUCAUUCUCGGUAGAUCUCCAGAGUCUGCAACACCAUGUUGAUUGCUUCGUCGAGAAGAUGAAGAUGAUGGAGGAGGACUACACUAAUGAAAUGGAGAAUAUGGGUGAAGAAGAAGGCGAGCCUAUUUCCUCAAGAAUCGAUUUUGGUGGAAUCAAGCCAAAGAUGAUUGGAUUAUCUUAUGAAUUUCAAAAGGGCAGAGAUAAUCUUCUUGAAGAUAAAAACUAUUCGAUUUUUGGGAUGGCGGGAGUUGGAAAGACAACUCUUGCUAAGCAUAUUUUUGAAGAUCCAUCAAUUCGGAGCCAUUUUGAGUUUCAAGCAUGGGUCAGAGUGGGCAGAAAAUGUGAAUCCAAUGAACUAUUACAAUGCGUUCUAGCUCAAGUGGAUCCCAACGCUUACGAACUGCUUAGCCAAGGAGAUGACGAGGAGGAGGAAUUAGUUGGACUAUUGAAAGAAAAAUUGAAGGAUAAGAAAUGUCUCAUCGUGUUGGAUGAUGUUUGGGAGAUGAAAGCAGCAAAUUGCUUGACAAAUUGGUUGCGAGAAGAGAAUAUUGGUGGAAGGAUUCAAGUCUUACUUACAAGUAGAAGAAAUAUAGCAUUCGAGAUGGGUGGGUGCGAAAGAGUGCGCUUGUUGAAUGCAGAAGAAAGUAAGGAAUUACUUGGUGAGAAGGUGUUUGGUGAAGAGGGUUUCCCUCCUCAACUUGAGAAACUAGGAGAGAAGAUUGCGUGGAAAUGUGAAGGUCUUCCUCUUAUGAUAGUCACGGUUGCAGAGCUCCUAUCAAAAACCGACAAGACCCCAGAAUACUGGACUGAGAUACUCAUCAAACAACGUAGUUCAGUCUUCGUGGCUGCAUAUAAUAAAAUAUCAGAGGUACUUUUCCCAAGCUAUAACUAUUUACCCCAAUAUUUAAAAAUGUUUUUUCUCUAUAUGGGAGCUUUCCGUCCAUAUCAUGAUAUAAAUUUAGGUAUGCUCCUAAAUCUGUUGACUGUUGAGGGGUUUCUUCCACCUAUUGGAGAAGAAAUUGUUCAAGAUUUUUGCUUUAAGUGCUUGAGAGAGCUUUCUGAAUGGCAUCAUGUUGUUGUCGACACAACAAAUUCUUUGUUUUCGUUGACAACGUAUCGUGUGCAUUCUAGCUGGCAGUACUUGUGUGAGGAAGAAGCUAGUAGGAUCAAGUUUCUGCAUGUUUUACAAAGUUGUGAUGAUGUUAUAAAAGACCAACGCCGCUUGUUUGCCCAUUGCAACACUUUAUUUUGCUUCAAACAAGUGUAUGAUUCAAUAGAAAGUGAUUGUGCAUCUACUGCUCGUUCUCUCCUUUGUGUUGGUCCUUAUCACCCAUAUCCAGUCCCAAUACAGGCCAUGCGUUUCAAGUUGCUCAGGGUACUUGAUGCUCUGGCGGUCCGAUUUUACCAUAUCCCAAUUGAAAUUUUGAAACUAGUUUGCCUGCGGUACCUUUCCCUAACUUGCAAUGGGGACCUCCCUCCUUCCAUAUCCAAUCUUUUUCAACUUCAAUUCUUGAUUAUUGAUAGACAUAUGACUAUUAAAAAGCGUGGAGUUCAGUCAUAUAUGCCUGCGCAAAUUUGGGACAUGCAAGAACUAGAGUAUAUUCAGGUUAGGGGAAGUGACCUACCGACCCCUAAUACCGAUGAUGCUACCUUGAACAAACUCACCUCACUUGUUGGUGUGGGUGCAAACAGUUGUACAAGGGAAGCUCUCAAAAGAAUUCCUAAUUUAGAGCAUUUAGGAAUUGAAGUGGAGUUGAAGCCUUAUGCUGCUGAUGAUGAAAUCAACCCAUUGAGUUGCUUGAGUUAUAUAUCACAACUCCAAAAUUUGGUCGCACUUAGAUAUAGCAUAAAGAAUCCCGAGAUAAAGCAUGAGUUUAAGACUAUUCCUCUUUCAAUGUUCCCAUCGAGUCUCACAAUGUUAUUUUUGAAUGGGUUGGGGUAUCCUUGGAAGUACAUGAAUGACAUUGGUUCGCUACUCCCAAAUCUCGAGACUCUCAUAUUAGAAUGCUAUGCCUUUCGAGGCUCAGAGUGGGAAAUAAAACCGGGGGGUUUUUUGAAACUUACUGAACUUCAAAUUGAAGACACUGAUUUGGUGCGAUGGAGACCUCAACGUGGAAGCUUGCCGAAGCUUCGUAGACUAAGCAUGAAGCACUGCUACCAAUUACAACAACUCGAUUGGUCGUAUGAUCACUCUUGGAUCACGACCAUUGAAUUAGUAGACUGCAAUCCUUCAGCUCUCGCUUGUGCUAUUCAAUUAAAAGACAAGUUUUCCUUUGAACUUUUGGUAUUUUCUUCUUUUUGA